AUGGCCCAAUUCCUAAGUCUCAAACUCCAUCAUCAUCUUCACAACAUCCCGCUCUAUACCCUCAUCCCCCUCCUCCUGCUCAUCAUCCACCUCCUCCUCACCCUCCACCACAACAUCUCCCACGCCAGACGCGCCCGCACCCUCUCCUGUCACCCAGCACCCCUCGAGCCCUCAAAAUGGCCCCUCGGCCUCGACGUCGUCCUCGCCUCCCUCCGCGCCGACCGCGAGCAGCGCACGCCAGACCACGUCGCCGCGCGCUUCGCGGCCCUCCGUCGCAACGGUGACAGCAACAACAGCAAUCUAAAACCCAACACCAACGCCAACGGCGGCGUCUACACCUUCCGCACGUCCCUGCUCGGCACAACAAACGUCGUCACCGCCGACCCGCGCAACAUCCAAGCCCUCCUCGCCACGCAAUUCCGCGACUUUGGAAUGGGCCUCGCCCGCAGCACGAACCUCAAGACCGUCCUGGGCCGGAGCAUCUUCGCGGCCGACGGACCGGCGUGGCGCUCCGCCAGGGAGGUGAUGAGGCCCCUCUUCAGCCGCGAUAACGUCUCCAGGCUGGAUCUGCUCGAGGCGCACGUCCAGACGCUGUUCCUCUGCAUCGAAAAGGGGACCACCACGACAACCAUCGCCAACAUGAACGCCGCAGACGGAACGUGGUCCGCCCCCGUGAGCCUCGCCUCCCUGUUCCCCUGCCUCACCCUCGACUCCGCAACAGAACUCUUCCUGGGCCAAAGCACACGCACCCUCUCCGCCCGCCUCCGCAACGACAACUCCCACCCGGGAACGGCCUUCAACCACGCCUUUGAAAAACUCCUCGUCGUGCUCGGCACGCGCAUGCGUCUCCGGAGCUUCUACUGGCUCUACGGGAACAAAGACCUGCGCUCCUGCGUAGCGACGCUCCACGCCUUCGUCGACGCCGCCGUCGCCGCCUCAGAUGCGGCGAAAGCACAGGGUUCCUCCCUCGCGCGGUACGAUUUCCUAGAUGUUCUUCGAGAACGAUGUGCCGGCGGGGGAGGGGACGAAGAAGUUCGCGAGCAGGUGUUGGGGUUGCUCGCCGCGGGACGGGAUACCACCGCCUCGCUGAUGAGUUGGGUCUGGUACUGCCUCGUUCGCAACCCGCGCGUGUUUUCCAAGCUCCGCGCGGAGAUAACAUCAACCUUUGGACCUUACUCUUCUUCCAUGGAUCCUUCAGAAACAUCAAUGACGUUCGCGUCACUGAAGCAGUGCACCUACCUCCAAGCAAUCCUCUCCGAAACCCUCCGCCUCCACUCAGUGGUCCCCUUCAACUCCCGCCGCGCCCUCAUCGACACGACCCUCCCCGCCGGCGGCGGCCCCCACGGCACCGACCCGAUCUUCGUGCCCGCGGGGACGGAAGUCAAUUUCAGCACGCACGUACUCCACCGGCGCAAGGACCUCUGGGGCGAGGACGCGGAUGAGUUUGUGCCGGAGAGAUGGGAGGCGAAGAGAGGGUCCGCGAGCGCGGCGUGGCAUUUCGUGCCUUUCAACGGCGGGCCGAGGAUUUGUAUCGGGCAGCAGCUCGCGCUGACGGAGGCGGGUUACGUGAUUGCGAGGAUGGUGCAGAGGUAUGAGGCUGUGGAGGGGUUGGAUGUUGAUGCCACUAGAGAUUGGCAUAAUUUUACGGUGGUUUGUGGGCCUGGGAGCCCGGUUGAUCGGAAUGAGGCGGUGUUGUGUCGGUUGAAGGUUGCGUAG